CUGUAAUUAACAUAAGACUGUAAUGGACGUAAGACGUGUUGGCAAUGAGUCUGACGAAGGUCGUUACGUUUUACAAGCACGGGAGAUUCUUGUGUUUUUUGAAGUGUUGUAAGCGUUUGAAACAAACGUUUGUCGCUGAAGGAUGCGGGCACGCGCAGACGUCGGUACUGUAAUCGUAGUUUCAAUCGUGCGGUUAGUAUUUAUGUUGUUGUUAUUUACGAUAAAAAAGUGGUUGGUUUUGUGGGUUAAAACAGUUUUAGCAUAAUUAUAUUGGGGUUAUUUUUUUAAGUAAACAAUGGCCGUUACUGUCAGCCUAAAGGAUGUCCAUUGAUGUCAAGGAGACAGACCAGAGGGACACAAUGUUGCUGUCUUCAGAAGAGGACUCUGCUCCUGUUUUAAGGAAUAGUUCUGCCCCUCUUGAUUUUCCCACGCCUUCUGAUUUGGACAUUUCCUUGCAAAGUUUUACCCCAAACAAAGAAAAGUCCGGUCUUACCCGGAUAAAGAUAAAAAGAAGGUCAAGCGUCAGCUCGCUGGAGUUCUGCGACAUUCCACAACAGAAAAUGAAGAAUCUAUUAAGCUGUCAAAGUCCAGAGAGUUUGAUGGAUGUGGAGGAGAGUAAGGGCUGUGAUCCAAUGCCAAGGCAGGACGAUAACAAUGGAAGACGUAUCGCCGCAAUAGAUUAUUUGUCUGACAAGAACAGCCAGGAAGGAGGGAAAGAGAACCACCCUCCAGUGAUGUCACCUGCACCCAGCAAGAGGCGGCGUGUGGGGCCACUCAAAGGCUGUCAAGUGAAGAUUAGAGACCAACAUGCCCCAUUUCUCCACUUAAACUGGAGUGACAAGGAGGAUAAGGAAGAAGCGACAGAAUGCAGUGACACUAUCACCACUGAUGCACUGCCAUCAAGUGAUAUUGAAGAAGAAGAAGAAGAGGCCCAGCCUGUGCUUCUUCCUGCACCUCUCCAUGGUGACAGUGAGCGAGCCAUGUUGGAGCUACAAGACUUUUCAUCAACAAACAACCAACAGGACGAUGUGGGUGAACCUCAAAGACCCGUCCAAGCACGGUCCAGUUUCCUUACAUCAGCUUUACAAGAUGAGUCUUCCUCAGCUUUUCAAAUCUCGUCUCUCCAGUCUCUCCUAGAGAUAAAGGUAGCAGAAGACGAUUCCUGUGGAACUCUUGCUACAAAGAACAAAAGGAAGCGAGUGCAUUUUGGAGGUCCUCUUUCUCCUGAGUUGUAUGAUAAGCACUUACCUCCCAGCACCCCAUUGCAGAAGGGGGAGACACCAGUUCAAAGCCCCACACCAGGUGGAGUCUUAAAGCUGCGCUCUGUGUUAAGGAAACCUCAGAGGAAUGAGCCUCACGCCCCACAAGACCAGCCAGACUUCAGCGGUUCCUUGGGCUUUGGCGCCUCCUCGGUUCUUGCAAUGCCUCGCAAGUGCAGAAUGCCCUCUCUCGCAGCAGACCGAGUGGAGGACAAAGGAAAGAGUGGGUUUUAUUUUUGGGAUGUUUGUGUAAGAUCCGGAGCAGCAAAACAAGAGGAAAAUGGAAGACUUAAUACUUCGUUUUUAACUACUGUGUACCGUGUGCUGAAAAAAAUAUGGAACAUCUAAAUGACCCUUUGGCCAAAACAGAACCCUGUCAUCUCUACGUAUGAUCCUAAAUUUGCAUAAUGGACAAUAAAUGGACAGUAAAUUUUAGGUUAUCACUAAAUGGAUAUUUCUGAUUGAUCAUUUUUGAAUAAACUAUUACAUAUGUACUGCAGUAGAUAUGUAAAAAAAAAUGUUUUCUACUUGGAAAAACUGGAUUUUUUUGGUUUAAGAUUAAGACAUGAUUUCAUUGCUUCGCUUCAACACUGAGCUGUCUGUAUGCUUUGUCUACAAGUGUCUUUUUUUGAAAAACUUGGUGUGCUAAUGUUCUUGUUGUUCAUGUCAGUAGGAACAUAGCUUGUGUGUUUCUGUAUUUGUGAAAGCUUCACAGUAUCAGAAUAAACUAUGUCAAAAUAAAUGUAACUUUUUAAAAGACAGCACUGGUAGACUCGGUUAUGUCACUUCAUAACGUGAAAUACCCUGAGAAUCAAAGUUGCAUAUUAUGGUAUUGUACCUCUUUUUGUCAAGAUUCCCAGUUGUCAUAUAUUAUAUAGUUUCAAACAUGUCAGCUGUCUUUAUUUAUUUACAUUGUGCCUAAUUGUUUAACUACAAUGUCCCACUGGCCAAUAAAAAGUGUUGUGGCCUGACAA